UAACGUAUUUAAAGACGUCAAACAGUCAUUGUUAUGAUUAUGCAGCAGUCUUUGCGUAGCCUAUACAAUACGUGAUAUAAUAUUACAUCUGAAAUUGUUUAGCACAGUACGCAUGCGUGACGCUGCUUAUUGGCGUCAUUGCAGUAAGUUGGUCGUUUAUGACUACUCCUCUCCUGGAACAGUCGGUGGCUUCUUUGACUGCUAUGUAUUUAUUGCGUUAACACAUCACCGAAAAUGGGAGUAUAUGAUGCUUUAGCUGUCGCAGCUAUCGAAACCCAACAUCGAGUUUAGUAAGUAUGUGUCCGAGCGAACACGAACUCUAUUUCACCAUGGGAAACACACCAUCAAAGAGUAGCAGUGGAGAGGAACUGGUCAAAACAACUUUGUUUGAAAAGGAGCCAAAUGGGAUAACAUACAGAAUUCCUGCUCUCAUUUAUCUCAGACACCAUCACACCUUCCUUGCCUUUGCAGAGAAAAGAUCAUCAUCAUUAGACCAAGAUGCCAAAAUUCUUGUUAUGAGAAGAGGAACGUUGAAAGAUGAUGGAUCUGUUCAGUGGUCAUCCAGUCAGGAGCUGUCAACGGCAUGUCUACCAAACCAUCGCACCAUGAAUCCUUGCCCUGUGUAUGAAAAAAACAAUAAAAUACUGUUUUUAUUUUUUAUCUGCAUCUGGGGAGAGACCACAGAGCGUAGGCAGAUCAUCACAGGCAAGAACAAGACACGUCUUUGCUAUGUUAGCAGCAGCGAUGACGGGCAAACUUGGAGUCAAGCAAAAGACUUAACAGAAAGUGUGAUUGGUGAAACUAUCCAUAAGUGGGCCACAUUUGCUGUGGGUCCUGGGCAUGGUGUGCAGCUGGAGAAUGGCAGAUUGAUCAUCCCAGCAUAUGCCUAUUAUGUCCGUUACAGAUGCUGUUCCUUCCCCAUUCCUUACACAGUCGAUCCACAUUCACUAUCAGUUUAUAGUGAGGACUUUGGGCAGACAUGGCAUAUAGGUAAGAUGCUUCAAAAAAAUUCAUCUGAAUGUGCAAUGGCAGAGAUCAUAGACCAUGAGGGCAGAGGUCAUCUUUACUGCAAUGCUCGUCACAACGGAGGCCACAGAUGUGAGGCCUUGAGUGAAAACAGCGGUGUGUUUUUUGACAAGCCACAUAUGGCUCCAGAGCUCGUCGAGCCACCUAGAGGCUGUCAAGGCAGCGUUGUUGGGUUUCCUGCUCCUGAAUUUGUCCCAAACGAGGAUGCUGAAAGCAAAGCUUGUGGCACAUCGCUCUUAUCCCCAGACACACAAACAUGGCUUCUCUUCAUGCACCCAACCAAUAAAUCUAGUAGAAGGGACAUGGGUGUGUAUUUGAAUCGAUCCCCCCUGCACUCGUCUGGAUGGGACAAGCUAAGGAUCAUCCACAGCGGGCCCAGUGGUUACUCAGACCUGGCUUACAUUGAGGACAAGGAUCAGUUUUCAUGCCUGAUUGAGUGUGGGAAAGGACGUGAACUUGAGCAGAUAGCAUUCAUGUCGUUUACUCUUAAUGAUGUCAGGCAGACAGGCAUCAAGAAGGAAAAGAAGACGCGUUGACUGGUGGUUUUAUUUCUGUAUUAGCAAAGCUCUCUAACAACUUCUGCCAACUAAGAAAACAAACAAAAGCCAUUAGAUAUGCUGUGCAACACCUACCUGUGUUUACUGUUAUGCAUUCUGGAGAUAAUGCGUGCAUGAAGCAUGUGUUUUGUUGCCUCCUUUUUUACAUGACUAGCUACUUCUACUACAGAAACCUACCAGAAACCACUUAUUUAAGCUCUUUGUAUAACUGUAAUAGGUCAAUAAUGUUACCAAACAAACACAUCAGUUAUAGAUUGUAAUGCAUCCAGAAGGAAGAAUGCCACGUUCAAAUCAAAUUUGAGUCCUUUAGAUGUUUUUAACGCUUUCCAUCUCAAAAAGCCAAACUGAUGAAAAACCCUUUGCUAGGUGGCAGGCAGGGUUAAUUUAGAGACUGUAUCUUGACAACACAAAGUAGAGAAGCUGGGAUACCAGGAGGGCUGUAGGCAGCAGAGUGUCACGGAGGGGGGCAGGAUGGCAGAGAGACACCAUGUCCUGUUACGUUUUCACCUGAUAUUUCAGACAUGUAAAAUCUUAGUUAAUGCACCUUUAAAGCAUGCAAUGCUGGACUGCCAUUCUUAAAAGAGGCUUAAUGUGUCGCAUGUUUGACGAGCGCUUCAUUCCUAUUUCUGCAGCUUAUUAAAGUGUCUGUGUUUUCUGAGUAGUGGAGAGAAUUUGCCUACCUCUCUUUAUUUUCAUAUGAAGAUCAUAGGCCUUGUAGAGUAGAGCGUAGAGUUUUCCUCCAGACUCAGUCUCUCCUUUACAUUUAGUAUAAUCUGAUUCACCUAAGCCUUGUACUCCGCUGUUGAAUUUAAGGUGUGCCAUAGCCUGUCAGUGCACAACCUUUUGCAUUGUUCACAGUAGGUGCUAUAAAAUUGACAACAAACUUGGACAGAAAAGCCAAAUGUUUACUCUUUACUUUCCACAUUUAGCCAAUCAGCGAAGAGACCAACUAAACUGUACCUGAUCUGUAUUCUUUUUUUAAACAUUUGACUAUUAACUGAGAGAGAGAGAGAGGGAUACUUGUCAAGUCAUUUUCAAAAGCCAUAUUUCACUUGGUUACAAUAUUUACUUAUUUUCUAUUUUCGAGCACAUUUAGCACCAUUUUCUGGACAGGCUUUAUUCUUGGCAUUAUUAAAUGCAGUCUUAUAACAAGGUAUGAGCCAGGUGGCUGACUGUUGGUUAUCAAAUAAGAGCAUAUAACAGCAGAUGAAGAGUCACUAUUUAUACAUUUGCACACACAAACCUUGUACAGAGUGACUUUAACAUCCCUCUUUGCCUAAUGUUGUGAUGCAAAAUGCCAUGAGGUGGUUCUACACUAGUUUCAUUGUGUUUUUGUUGGCUGUUGUAGAAAGUGACAAAACCUGCAUGAAACAUGUAUUUUAGUAGAAAAUAAAAGUAACUUGUG